AUGGCGAAUAGAGGAGUUUCUUGGGACACCUUGAUCCACAGCAUUCAAGAUCUGAAGGACCACGGAAGCCGAAGACUCCCAAAGAUGUAUCGAGAUUACUUCAACGAGGGCGCUAUGGAUCUACUCACUGUGAAGGAGAAUGAGGAAGCUUAUGACUACUACAAGAUUCAACCUCGUGUCCUUGUCAACGUCGAUAAUGUCAAUAUAUCCGGUGAGAUUUUCGGUUUCAAAACAGCGUUGCCCUUGGGCUUCAGCCCUGCAGCCAUGCAUGGUCUAGCUCAUCCAGACGGCGAGAUUGCAACUUCGAGAGCUGCAGCAAAGAUGGGAAUCUCUGCUGGAUACAAGGCAAUUUUACUUUCCGCCGAUACUCCCUGCUUAGGCCGACGUUUGAACGAGUAUCGAAACAACUUCAGUCUCCCGGACGGGAUGUCCUGGCCAAACCUACUCUCUGAUGGGAAAAGCGAGCUCCGUGCCUCCAGAGAUCAGAUUGGAAAAAGCGACGAGGUGCCGGCGGAGCCUAGCAAGCAUGACUAUGGCCCAUCGGUUAACUGGGACAGUUUGAUCCCUUGGCUGCGCCAGCACACGAAGCUGCAAAUAUGGGUCAAAGGAAUAUACGGGCCUGAUGACGUCCGAGUUGCCAUUAAGCAUGGAUUAGAUGGCGUGUGUGCCCCUGUGGCGCGAGGAAAGAUUCCAAUCACUGUGGAUGGGGGUAUUCGCCGAGGCACCGACAUCUUCAAGGCUCUCGCUCUGGGUGCCUCGCACUGUUUCGUGGGCAGGAUCCCCAUAUGGGGCCUUGCGUACGACGGCCAAGAGGGAGUCGAGCUAGCGCUGAAAAUUCUCAUGUACGAGUUCAAGGUGGCUAUGUUGCUGGCCGGUUGCAAAAGCGUCAAGGACAUCACUCAAGAUCACUUUGUGUACAAGAAGGCGGACGGGAUAUUGGCAAAGCUGUAA